AUGGGGAGGGAAAAACGAAAAGUCAAACCUCCUAUUCGAGCGAGCGGGUUCAAGGAUAAACGCAGACGAAACCAGAGAUUUCAGUCUGACCAUCUAGCACCCGCUCCUGCUCCCCAAGGCGUUUUGGCAAAGCCAACACUACCAAAAUCCAGGCAUCACACAUACUUUGAGUUUGUUGAGAAUACAGACAAGAAAGAGAAAAUCCUUCAAGUCAAGGAGACCGAAGACAAAAUCCCGCCUCCAGGCUUCGAGUUUGUCCCCAUCGGUAACCCAGGACUGACAAAAGCAUGCAAAGAUCUUUCCCGCGAGAAAGAUGCCAUGAUAUUUGUAGUUUCGCCCGUCACUACCAAUAACAGUCUAUCUCAACAGGUCAAUCGACUAGGCCACCACAUCAGACAGACCAUCGUUGAAGAAGCCAAGGCCACCAUAGCGGACUUGCCGGAAUCCGGACCAGCCACACCAGAUGGAAACCCGGAACCAAUUCCUGAGACCCAGGCGGAAUAUCAUGCCCAGGCAGAUGCAGCGCUUCGUGACCUGUUCCCUCGCAUCCCCAACACUGACCGUCAGAUAAUCAUCGAACAUGCUUUCACACGGGUUAGUAUCUCCAACAAUCGCCAUUUUCUGUGCUCUUUGACGAACCGUAAUACUUCUCAGCGUGCGAAUACAAAAGGAGAGCUACCCGUUGGAUUCUCUGGUGAUAUUCCCCUUGCCCGACGCGUCCAGUUGGCAGUGCUGGCUCACAUUCGCCACACUCACACAAGGUAUGAUGAAUUACUGAAACAAGCCGGAUGGCAAGCUGCUCGAAAAGCCGUCGAAACCCUUUGUCUCGACAUCCUUGUCAAGUGGCGAGGAGACGAAGAGACCGGCCGUGACCAACUAGAUGAGAUAUUGCGCGAAGUGGUCGUCAUUUCGGACUCCGAAGAUGACAGCUCAGACGAAGAAACAAUGGAUGACUCCUCCACCGAUGGUGAUGGCUCACCCAGUUCCGUGUUGAUAUCUACAAAGCCAACAACGGCAACGGUUCUUCCACAAAUGGCAGUCGUAGAACAGCCUGGAUCACCGGGACCAACCACGCUGGCAGAAGGACGCACUGCGCGGGCUAAAGGAAAGGCCCCCGCGAGACCCGUGGAUCAUGUACAAAAGACUGACCGCAAUGAUAAACGUGGCUUUAAGAGGUAUCACCAAAUUUGGAAAGAAGCUAUUUUGCGGAACCGCGGAGCAGACGAUGAUCGCAAUGGAUUCAUAGUUGGUGGUGUGAGCGAAUAUAACCCACGCCAUCCACAAAUGCCUGCCAGGCAGCUGGAGGCUCAUCAAUCCACAACCUACGACGGCAGCCAAGUCGAGCGAGCUGCUCAUUCUAUAGGGUUCACAGUAAGCUCUGGCCUUCCACCUAUGGACUCUCAGUCGUAUACUCGCCCAGUUGCUACUCCUCCGCUGUAUGCCAAUCAAUCCACCGAGAUUCAAGCUUCUCGUGACGCUUUGAGCUCUUCGGUGUAUGAAUUCUCAGCGAAAAGCCCCUCGUCAUUGAGGAUGAUGUCCCCUAUCACAAAGCGUCUGGGGGAUAUGGCCGUCCCUUCUACUGAGCCAGCCUCGUCAGAGAUGGUGAUGCAGCCAGCGUUUGUAAGGGCUGUGCCGCCGAGACAACAGGGUCAUCUAGACCCUUUGCCUUCUCGGCCACCACCUCUAUUCCACACCAUCCGCAGUAUGUCACCUAUGGAUAGCGAAAUUCGUAACUCCCUAGACCGGGGAGACCGUCGGAUAAUUAGCGACUACCCAGUCGAAAGGAGAUUUCAACCUAACAGCUUUGCUCUCGAUGCUCCCAUUUAUGUUCCUCAAGAGCGUGUUGACUAUUCGUUCAUCUCUGGCGGCCCCAGUCAUGCUAGGCCCGCGCUUCAAGGCUGGAGCAGGCCAUAUGAACAUCCCAUUUGGGCUGAUCCCCCAAGAGAUGACAGAAUCAUUGCAAAUCCACCACGGCCCGGGACACGCACUAAUCCAGUCCUUAUGGAGGAUCGGGAUGGCUUCAUUGAGAGGGUUGCCUUGCCACCGGAGUCGAGGGUAUUGACACAUCAGAAAGAAGACUCCCUUACAUUCCACUCAGAACCGUACAGAGCGACGGGGUCUCAUCUCGUAUCCUCUGAGAGAGAUGCAAGAACACCGCGAGACAAUCGAGGAAAUGAUGGCAUCGAAGUGAUGCCCAUAAAUUGGCCAGGUGCUUUGCAUAACUCGCAUCACUCGGCACGCUUUUAUGGUCAUCAGCCGCAAUUGUACCAGCCAUCCGUACCAGAAGAAUCAGAUAUUCGAGAUGUAGAAACCCGAGACAGGGCUGGACAUUGUGUGGCUGGCAGAUAUUGGCCAGCCCAAGAGGUGUAA